AUGUCUACUACCACUAUAAAUUCCGCGUUCAGACGGUUCUGGCAAAGUCAAACAGGUCCUAAGACUGUCCAUUUCUGGGCUCCUACUUUGAAAUGGGGCCUGGUGAUCGCAGGUCUAAGUGAUAUAAAUAGACCUGUAGAGAAAGUUUCAGGAGCUCAAAAUUUAUCAUUAUUAGCUACCGCUUUAAUUUGGACUCGUUGGUCAUUCGUUAUUAAACCAAGGAAUUUAUUAUUGGCCUCCGUUAAUGGUGUCCUAGGGUUGACCGCUGGAUAUCAUUUAUUAAGAAUUGUAGAUUUUAGAAUACGGAAUGGAGAUUCAAUGAGUCAAUUGAUGAAAUAUAUUAUCAAUGGUGAACAAACACAAAAGCAAAAACAUCAACAAACUAAGGCAAUUACUUCAUCAUGA